UGAAACCUGUCCAGAGCAUCGCAAUAAAGUCAGGUGGUGAAGUCGGCUCUACUCAGUCUUUAACCUGCCGGACCAAAAGAUCAUUCCGUUUUCAGUUUUUCGUUCGCUAAGAAAUUCCACAGCAGACAAGUGUAUAAGACCCGAGGGUUGUUAGAGUAGUCCUUAUUCGUUAACAGAUCCAAGGAAAGAUGGAUUCCCUGUUACGGUAUCUUCUGAUUCCUCUGGCGUUUGCUAAUUGCAAGUCAAUUCCACCGGGUGACCCGUACGACGCGGUGGUCGACGCCGGUGUACUGAAAUCGGUAAGAAUCCUGGCCGAAAAAUCCGACCAUUUGAAUCUGUCCAAUCUUGGUAUCGUGGAGAUAGAACCGGGUGUCUUCGAGGACGUGAAGGUCAAAAAGCUGACCUUGGAAUUCAACAAAAUCGGCGUACUAACGUCCGACAUGUUUUCGGGGGUCGGUCCGUACCUGGAGGAAUUAAACUUGGCUUCCAACGACAUUGGAAUUUCUUUGGGGGCUUUCACUGGAAUGGAUAAUCUCAAGAUUUUGGACAUUUCGAAGAACCCACUGAGUUCCAUAAUCCACAAAGAAUUCGCCGGGAUCCCUCGGAACGCGGAAAUAAUCGUGAAAGACAAUUCCAUCCGAACCAUCAAUGCCAGAUCCUUCGAUAUUCUCGACGAGGAGGAGGACGACGACGAAAACGGAUAUAACAGAAAAAAGAGAACAGGGUUUUGGGACGUUCCCGCGGACGUUCCAACGGACGAACUAACGCCUCUCGGUGAAUCGAUUCAUAUUUUAACCUUGGUAGAUCAUAUCGUUGACGACGAGGACACCCAUCCAAACCAGAAGAGCGAGACGAGAGUCGUUGUGUGUAUAGAAAAUUCAGUAUUGUUGAAAGUCGGGGUGUUGGAGGAUGGAGAAAAGGUUGAAGCAAAUUGCAAUGAAACGAUCAUAGAUCGUGGAGUGGCGUAUGUGAAUUUGGAAAAUCUCGGUAUCCGAAGCGUCGCCAAAAAUUGGUAUCAACUGCACCAGAUUAGAAUGAAUUAUAUUGAUUUAAAUAAUAACCAGAUAGAGGAAUUCUCGCCGGAACUUGUCAACGAUUUGCCCAAAAGUGUGAGCAUUCUGGAUCUGAGUAACAAUUUGAUUAAGCAUAUCAGAAAGGAUAGCGGUAGUAACGAGAAUAUGAAAAUGAUCAUUCUCCGGAAUAACCUUAUCGAGGAUAUAGAACCUGGUAGUUUCGAAUUCCCCAAACUUUGGGGACUUUAUUUAUCGGGUAACAAGAUCGAAGAUAUAUCCUUCAUUUCUUCGCUUCCUGAGUCCACGUGUCUUUUGUACCUGAACAGAAAUAAUAUCGAGAGAAUUCCACAAGCCGUAUUUUCGAGACUUAAGAAUUUGUACCAGUUGAAUCUUGGAUCGAAUAAAAUUCCAAAGGUGCAUGAUAACGCUUUCGAAGGACUCGAUUCUCUCAUAGCGCUCAAUAUGGACAAGAAUCAGAUCUCCGAAAUCGACGAAGGCGGUUUUAACGGUCUGAAAAAUAUCUCGUACAUUUAUCUCAGUGAGAAUUUACUCUCAAAGUUCAAUGGCGGCACGUUUUCCGGUUUGCGACAACUCGAGGAGCUCAAAAUAAAUAAAAACAAAUUUCGUAAAAUCGGUAUCGACGUUAUUGGCCGACUUCCAGUGAACCUAAAAACUCUAGAACUCAAAGAUAACGGUAUCGAAGAUAUUGAACCGGGAUACUUCGCUAAUGUCCCGAAAGACACGCUUGCUACGAAGGAUCAUAAAAUUACAGGAAUCCAGCAAGCUCGCUUCGAUUCACAAGUUGGAAACUUUAUGAAAGCCCCGAAUUCUAUUCAGCAUCUUCAUCUCUCGGGUAAUCUUAUACGCGAAAUAUUACCGGGUACAUUAGAGGGAUUGAAUUCUUUGAUCGAUUUAGACAUCGGGCGAAACCCUAUCACCAGGUUGGUCAAUGGUGCUUUUCAUGGAAUAGCCAAAACUUACCACGGCUACGUUAGUAUCGAGGAUAAUAAACUCGAAGUCAUCGAAGCAGGGAUCUUCGGUGAAGUUUGAGACCGAGUCGUUGGUAAAAUCUCUAGAAUUCCACAAAGUUUGUCAUAACUAAUGUAAGCCUUAGUUUUUUUAAGUCCUGACAAAUAAAAUAUUAUUUAUUCACA